AUGCAACUAUCUCGAUUUGUUACAUCUCAAGUACCUCUAAAUCUUACGUUGAGACAUGACAAACUUAAACCGUUGCUUUCGAACUCUUAUACAUACCAUUUCCUACUUGAGCUAUCUACAAAACAGCCUCCAGCGGCUUUAGGAACGAAACUUUUGUUAUCUGCUAUUUUUUCUGGUCUUGUAUCAAUGAACCUUUUUUACGCAUCGUCAAGGAAAUUUUAUAACGAAUAUCUCUUAUAUAAAACUAUUUCAAAUGGCCAUGAAUCUGAGUUUGAUAUGGCAGAAGACUUGAUUGUGCCUCGACCGCAAGCAUUAGAAAGACAUAAUGAGAUUCUUCAGUCAACUGUUUUUGAGAGUAAAUAUUAUGUUGUUUGCGACAAGCAAGAAGAAUUUAUUACUUUAGCAGUGCAAUUGACGCCGAAAAUUUUGGGCUCAGAUAAUGAGAAGCGCACUAAAUGCUUUUAUGCAAAUUAUCAAAAAUGCGCUGAUGGUUCAAAGUGCGUUGUAGUAUUUGUUACUAGUAAAGGAUCGCGCCUGGUCGCGAGCAAAGGAGCCCGUAAUGUUUCGGAAGCAAACAUAUUUUGGCGAAAGAUAUUGAAGCAAAACAAUCUUACGAAGCCUGCACCGCUUGCCCCUCCACCUCAACUUUAUCGAUCCUCACAAUCUGCUUUAGUUCAAGCAUCGAAUCAAACGCUUUCUCCAAUUUCGACCGCACAUCACCAAAUUUCACCGUCAGUAUCAAGAACUCAUCAAAACCGUCAAGUUCGAGGUCUUGACAUUUCACCUUCUACUAGCGAUCGUUCCGAUUUUCUUCUUCCACUUCAAACAGGUGUAUCUUCGUCAACUAUAUCAAACUUCAGUCAGCCUCUCUUUAGUCCAAGCUUAAAUUCUCCUCUUACUCCUCGUAAACCUUAUCCUGGUAUCUCUAGUCUCAUAUAUGAAGGCCAGCGAGUGUUUAUACAAAGGAGAACUUUGACCGAGAUACAAAUUUUUACUAAUAUACAAAAUCAUCAACUAAAGUUUAUAUGUUCGGGUAGAGUUAUUUCUCCCUACGAUUUGGAAGCCUGGGAAGCAAUGUUGAGCAACGAAAAGUUUCCGACAACGAAUUCUGGUCAAGAUGCUUACGAUGUUGAUAUUGCGACCGUGAGCCUUGCAAUUGAGUUUGCCAGUAAUAAUACCAAAACUGCAAAUUUCAAUGCUUUGCUUCUUCAUGCAUUAAGUCAAAUGCAUCGCGUAAUAGAUCCCGAAUUCCAUGGGGAAGUUCCAAUAGAAGCGUAUAAUUCCUUAUUUCUUCUUAAUGGAUUGAAUUCUAAAAUUGAUGAAAAUAAACGUGUUCCAAUUGAACUUGAUCAAAAAAAACUUGUGAUCGAUCCUAAAGUUACUCGGGAUACCAGGCUUAAAGCCGAACAACUUAUGGAUGGGUUGUUGACAGUUAUUUUGAAGUUGGAUCCAACUUUAAAUGCGUCAACUUAUGAAUAUUAUCAAGAAAGUUUAAACACUUUGUUAGUUUUACUCUCGGCACAAAUACACCAAUCAAAUGCAAGUCAAAUAGAAAACAAUUAUUUUCUAAAUAUUUUAUUGACUAACUUUAGUGAGCUGGUCAAUAACUUAACUAAGCGACUUGUGACAAACUUUAUUGAACAAAAGCCUCUGCCACCUGCAUCCACAAGUAUGAGAUUAGUUGGCGUUGUGUAUAAUGCCUAUACCUAUCUUUUCCCUAGUAGAUCAUCGGCAACUUUACCAUCCGAUCCACCGCCAAUAGCGGAAAGAAGUUUACUUAUGUUACUGUUACUCUCUGUUCAAUGCCGAAUUCCAGAUGAGAAAACAAAAAAUUUUCGCGAAGGAAUUCGAUCUUUAAAGGACGCGCAAGAGAUUUGUUUGUUAUUAUAUCUAUUCAUGAUCGAAAAUGAAGAUUUUAGGGUUUACGUUUUAUCUCGUUUAGAUCCCGAAAUUCUUUUACUUCAAAUCCUAAGAUUGUUGUAUGAUGGAAUUGAUAGCAAGACAAAUUAUUCACAGAUGUAUAUUCUGCUUACAAUUAUUUUGCUUUUUAGUCAGGAUGAAGUCUUUAACGAGAAUAUUCAAAAAAUCCAUAACCCGUACAAAGAGAAUCAGCUUGAAUGGGUUUUAAUAUAUGUAAGAAACACUCCGCAUAAUGAAUUUAUGAAUACAUCAAGUAUUUCCAACAUAACCAUUCGUAUUGAUAGAUUGACAAAGCCAUGGUUCACAGAAAGAUUUUUAAAAUCCAUAUCAUUAGGAGGGUUGACGUAUUUAGUCCUUAUAAGGAUUAUACAGUUUAAUCUCAGUUCACAUCAGGAUGUGUAUUUUCACAACAACUGUUUAGCAAUUAUGGCUAACUUGGGGAAUAGUAUUCAAGACAUACAUCCCUAUGUUGCGCAAAGACUUGUUAACAUGUUCGACAUUGUAGCUAAGCGAUAUCAAAAAUUAUUAAAAAAAGCUCAGCAACAAGGCGACGAUGAAAAUUCUGACGCUGUCGCAAUAUACGGUGAUCUCGUCAGUUUAGUAUUGGAAAUCAUCAAUUCAGUGUUGACCCGAAGACUUAACUCCAAUCCCGAAUUAAUAUAUUCAUUAUUGCAUAAAAAGGAUUUGUUUACUCAUUUUCAAUUGCAUCCUAAAUUUUCAGAAUUAAUUGCUAAUAUUGAUAAUGUAAUUAGUUAUUUUCAUGCUCGAAUAUCCGAAGCAAAACUUAAAUCUCCAUCUGCAGAAGAGAUUUCAGAGUUAAUUGAAACUGCAGCAAGAACUUGGCCACCAGGCAGACUUAAGGAAUUCCCUGAUUUGAAAUUCCAAUAUGAGGAAGAAACGGAAUCACAAGAAUUCUUUUGUCCAUAUGUUUGGGCUUUGAUAUAUCGUCACACUUGGAUUUACUGGGAUGAGGAUAAAGCUCAUAUCUUACGCGAUUAUAUCAUAUAUGAUGAUGAGAUGGAAGAUUCAUCUGUUCAAGUCGUAUAG